CAUUUCUGAACGUCAUCUCGGAGCGCGCGAGCACCUUGUGGCUGACAGUCAGCAGUAAAAGCCACACGUUGGGUUAGCGCUGUUCAGACAAUCCGCGGCUUUUUAUCGUUACUGAUCCAGAAACAUGUCUUCGCUUUUAAAAGUGGACAGUGAAAUCAAGUCAAAGGUUGAUGUUUUCAGAGAACGAAUCACAGGAGAGGCCGAAGAUCUGGUUGCAAACUUUUUCCCUAAGAAAUUGUUAGAACUGGACCAGUUUCUCAAGGAUCCUCUCAUAAACAUCCGUGAACUGAAAGAAAUCCAUUCUGAGAUCAAUCUGACUGUGCCAGAUCCAAUUCUACUUACAGACAUCCAUGACGGUCUUGAAGGGCAAAAUGCCAAAAAAAGAAAACUUGAGGAUGGUCCAGGAGAUGACAAAGUUGGCGGGACCAAGGUCUAUGUAAUGCCUGGUGGAAUGAUGAAAAGCAACGGCAAACUAGUAGACCUUAUUGAGAAGGUUAAGCCUGAAAUCAGAACCCUCAUAGAGAAAUGCAACACGGUAAAAAUGUGGGUACAAUUGUUAAUUCCAAGAAUAGAAGAUGGCAACAACUUUGGGGUUUCAAUCCAGGAGGAGACUGUGGCUGAACUCAGAACAGUGGAGGGAGAGGCAGCAUCUUACCUAGACCAGAUAUCAAGAUACUACAUCACACGAGCAAAGCUGGUUUCCAAAGUAGCAAAAUAUCCCCAUGUGGAAGACUAUCGACGCACAGUUACAGAGAUUGAUGAGAAAGAGUACAUCAGUCUGAAGAUCAUAGUGUCGGAACUGAGAAAUCAAUAUGUAACUUUACAUGACAUGAUUCUGAAGAACAUUGAGAAGAUAAAGCGGCCCAGGAGCAGCAAUACAGAUGCGCUUUAUUAAGACCGUCUAUCUUCUCAACUAAAGCCCUUCCCUUCUCUCCACUGGGACUAGCUGGAACCUUGGACUGGUUCUAAUGGAAUUACAAAAACAUUAAAACCAGGCCAAGACCCACAUGCUCCACCUGGCCUGGUGCAACAUGCCGCUGAUGAUAGAACUGUAAUAUAUGGUCACUGUUUUAAACCCUUUAAAGAACCCAUUUUGAUUUCCUAGUGGACAGUGUUAAUGUAUGGAGACAUUUUGGCAUUUUGACAUCCAGUUUUCUUUCUUUUUUAUUUCUCGUUAUUUAAUUAAAAGACUCUUUAACAACAGGUUUUCUUUUAUCUGUCACAAAACCAAAUGCAGUGUAGCACUUCUCUGGACGGUUCUAAGGCAUUUUACAUGUUUUAGAUUUGUGGUGAUGUCAGAGAUGCUCAGUUUCUCCAGUUUAAAAACUUUGAAGGUCUUAUCGAUGCUGUAUUUUAAUCAGUUGACUCUCUCCAUCUAAUCUCAGUGUAGUUUAGAAUGAAAGCUGUACUUGUGCAUCAUUUUACAUACACUGAAUUAGAUGUUCAUUUCUUGUCAAUGAAAUACAAGUAUUUUACUUUCUUAUUUUCUUGUUCAUUCAUAGAAUCACAAAGUUCCCAAAUGCUUCUUAUGGCUAUUUUGUCCUGUUUCUUUUAAGAGUGAUGCAUUUUGCUGAAUAAAAACGUUUUUUUUUC